CCAAGAUUCCUCAGUCUGGGAGCAGCACAGGAGAGGAACCAGCCACUGAGGACUAUCUCAGGAACGGCAUGGAGAGCAAAUGGAGUGGCUGGGUGCUGAUCCUUUCUGUGUGCCUGGGCUCCUACCAAGCCGCAGCCAGCCCCCUCCCCGAGUGCAGCGAGCGGCCGGAGGAUUGGUGCCGCGAUGUGGUGACGGCGGCCAAGUGCGGGACGCUGGCGCUCUGUCGGCUCACAGUCUGGGACCAGGCCCUGGGGAAGGGGAUCCCAUGUCACCUGUGCCAGAUGGCAGUCUCCAUGGUGGGCAAGAUCCUGCAGGACAACUGCACUGAGGAAAAGCUGCGGCUCUUCUUGGAGAAGAAAUGCCAGUACCUGCCCUUCCAGGACUGGUCAGUCAAGUGCAAGAAGAUGGUGGACACCGGCAUCCUCGUCCUUGUGCAGCUGGGCAAGCAAGUGAUGUCGGACCCGAAGGUGGUGUGUGGGACCCUCAAGCUGUGCCAGCCUCGGGAGAGCCCCACGGGGGCCCUGAAGUUCCAGGAGCCGCCACCAGCCCGCACGGGCCCCGCUCAGGACUUUGCUGACCUGGUCACCCCCUUCAUUGCCAACGUGCCCCUCCUGCUCCAUCCCCAGGACCUGCCUGACGACGAGGCCCAGGCGACGGAGGAGGUGUGCGGGGACUGCCUGCAGCUGGUAGCGGCCUUGCAGCUGGAGCUGGGGAGUGACGCCGCCUUCGCCCAGGCGCUGGUGGCCCGCACCGAGGAGGCGUGCGAGGUCCUCGUGCCGGACCUGGCGCAGUGGUGCAAGCGCUACCUGGCCGAAUACGGAGACACGGCCGUGCAGCUGCUCCGGCACUUGCAAGCUGAGGACCCAAUGGAGCUGUGCGGCCAUCUGGGACUCUGCUCCUCUGCCUCUGCACUGCCCCUCCAUACGCUGCUCACAGAGAAGGUGACGCAGGUCCUGAGCACGCUGGGGGAUGGGGAGGGGACCACGCCGCUGUGUGAGAUGUGCCAGUUUGUCGUGAAGACGGCUGAGAGCCUCCUGGAGAACAACGUGACGGAGGAGCAACUGGUGAACGACAUUGAGAAGGUGUGCAACAUGCUGCCCCACGGCAUCAUCGGGCAGUGCAAAGACUUCGUCAACUCCUACGGCAAAGCCGUGGUCAUCAUGCUGCUGGAGGCCACCGACCCAGUGGCCGUCUGCACCAUGCUGCGCUGCUGCCCCCGGAGCGGGUACACCCACCGAGGGGCUGCUGCACUGGAGCAGCUGGCGGCGGGUGUGGGCACCAUCUGCAAUGUCUGCCAGAUCGUCAUCACCUACUUUGAUAACGAGCUGCUGAAGAAUGAGACGCUGGUGGAGCUGGGCGACGUGCUGGAGAAGGGCUGUGAGCUGCUGCCCACGCCGCUCACCAGCAAGUGUGAGGCACUCGUGCUGCAGUACGAGCCCGCGGCCGUCCGGCUCCUUGUGCAGAUGAUGGACCCCACCUUUGUCUGUACCAAAUUAAAAGCCUGCGAUUCAGCCAAGGAGGAUCUCCUGGGCUUGGACCCCUGUGCCUGGGGCCCACAAUACUGGUGCAAGAACAUGGCCACGGCUGUCGAGUGUAAUGCCGUUGAGCACUGCCAGCGUCACCUAUGGAACUAGGAGCCACCUUCCCGUCUGGCCGGGCUUGCCCCACCACUUUGGUUCAGGAUCCCAGACCCCCUCCCUUGGGAUGUGCCUGCACACAUGGACAGUGAUAGCAGGAGCCCACCGGCCUCACCACCCUGGCGGGGACUGUGGGACACCCCAGCUGCCUCUGCUGCUUCCUUUCCCACCCUUGGGGCUUGGAUUUCCAAAUCAGGUUAAGGGACUCGUUAGUAUUUUCAGGACUAGGGAUUCAGCCUUGACAUCUCUCAGGGCAACUGCAAAAAUAUCCAACCCCCAUCCCCAUCCUCAUCCCCAUCCCACCCUGAACUGCUUGUAAAGCCCAGAUUCUGCAACAUGGAUCCAGCCCUGUGAGCUGGGACAGUUUCUGCUGCCCAAACGCCGGCGCCUGCUCCCGGCCACUGGCAGCCUCACACCACAGGUCUCAUUGGCUUUUGGCAAGCCCAGACCUUUGCUGGUCCCUCUUCAAACGGGGGUGGCUUUUUGGUUUGUUUAUCUUUUUUUCCCCCGGUCACUAGUUAAAGAAACAAAGUGGAUUAUAUUUGCCUGCAAUGCCUGGCUUUGCAUGAAGUUUGCAAUACACUGAUUUGUCCGGCCAAUUGCUGGAGAUAAGUGUGUGUAUAUACACACACACACACACAGAGUAUCCCCUGAACAAAAAAUGAGUGAGUUUGGGAGCAAAAAUUGACUUCCAUGCACACAUCCCUGCCAAGGGGGUCCCAUGCUGACCCGGCUGCUGUGGCAGGGGGGCAGCGGGUUGCUGGCUUGUCCCUCCUUGACGUGGGGAGGGGGACACGCCUGCGGCGCCCGGUCCUGAGCGUGCAUGGGAG